AGCGACGAGGAGGGCGUUACGCCGGCGACGUCGGCCGCGCGAGGCUUCGCGCGUGAGCGGCGAGGGCACUGGGCCUGGCUACCGAGCUUUCCUGGCGGGCGAGCAGGUCCUCGACGCCGGCUCCUGGGGGAGCGCGGGGAGGAGGGAGGUGUCGGCGUCAGCGGUGUAGUCGACGGCGGUCCUGGCCAUGGAAGAGACGCAGCCGCUUCCGCAGUCCGAGCUGCCGCUGUGCGACAGCCUCAUCAUCUGGCUGCAGACAUUCAAUACUGCUGCACCCUGUCAGGAUGUCAAACAGCUGACUAGUGGAGUUGCCAUGGCACAAGUUCUUCAUCAAAUUGAUGUAGCUUGGUUCGAUGAAUCUUGGUUAAGUCGAAUUAAAGAAGAUACUGGUGACAACUGGAGAAUAAAGGCUAGUAAUUUAAAGAAGGUACUUCAAGGAAUUAUGAGUUACUACAAUGAGUUUUUGGGGCAACAGAUUUCUGAAGAACUUAUCCCUGAUUUAAACCAGAUAACUGAAUGUUCAGAUUCUGUGGAGCUUGGGAGAUUGCUCCAGCUUAUUUUAGGUUGUGCUGUCAACUGUGAAAAGAAACAAGAACAUAUUCAGAAUAUAAUGACAUUAGAAGAAUCUGUUCAACACGUGGUCAUGACUGCUAUUCAAGAGUUGAUGAGUAAAGAAAUUGUGAGCUCUCCCACAAAUGAUGCUGUUGGAGAAUUAGAACAGCAGCUUAAAAGGGCCCUAGAAGAUCUUCAGGAAGCACUAGCAGAAAAAGAAGAACUGAGGCAAAGAUGCCAAGAACUAGAUAUGCAGGUGACAGCACUUCAAGAUGAAAAGAAUUCACUGGUUUCUGAGAACGAGAUGAUGAAUGAAAAACUUGACCAGUUGGAUGGAUCUUUUGAUGAUCCAAAUACAAUGGUUGCAAAAAAAUAUUUUCAUGCACAGUUGCAACUAGAACAAUUACAGGAAGAAAACUUCAGGCUUGAAGCUGCAAAAGAUGAUUACCGUGUUCACUGUGAAGAACUUGAAAAGCAAUUAAUUGAAUUUCAACAUAGGAAUGAUGAAUUGACUAGUCUUGCUGAGGAAACAAGAGCCCUGAAAGAUGAAAUAGAUGUUCUUAGAGCUACCUCUGAUAAAGCAAAUAAACUGGAGUCUACAGUUGAGAUAUAUCGUCAGAAGCUACAAGAUCUGAAUGACCUUCGCAAGCAGGUGAAAACUUUACAGGAAACAAACAUGAUGUACAUGCAUAAUACAGUCAGCUUAGAAGAGGAAUUAAAGAAGGCAAAUGCUGCACGCACACAAUUAGAAACAUACAAGAGACAGGUUCAGGAUCUUCAUGUUAAACUUUCCUCUGAAUCCAAAAGGGCGGACACACUAGCAUUUGAAAUGAAGCGGCUUGAAGAAAAACACGAAGCUUUACUUAAGGAAAAAGAGAGACUAAUAGAACAGCGUGACACUCUGAAAGAAACAAAUGAAGAGCUCCGAUGUUCACAAGUGCAACAGGAUCACCUAAACCAAGCAGAUGCAUCUGUUACAAAAAGUUAUGAGAAUCUUGCUGCCGAGAUUAUGCCAGUGGAAUAUAGGGAGGUAUUCAUUCGACUGCAACAUGAAAAUAAGAUGCUUCGAUUACAGCAGGAAGGUACUGAAAAUGAGCGUAUCGAGGAGCUUCAGGAGCAGCUGGAACAGAAGCACCGCAAGAUGAAUGAACUGGAGACGGAGCAGAGGCUGAGCAAAGAGCGAAUCCGAGAGUUGCAGCAGCAGAUUGAGGACCUCCAGAAGUCUUUACAAGAACAAGGCUCCAAGUCUGAAGGCGAAAGUUCCAGCAAACUAAAGCAGAAGUUGGAAGCUCAUAUGGAAAAACUAACAGAGGUCCAUGAAGAACUACAGAAGAAACAAGAGCUCAUUGAAGACCUCCAGCCAGAUGUAAACCAGAAUGUACAAAAGAUCAAAGAGCUUGAAGCUGCUCUUCAGAAGAAAGAUGAAGAUAUGAAAGCAAUGGAGGAAAGAUACAAAAUGUACUUAGAGAAAGCAAGAAAUGUAAUAAAAACUUUAGAUCCCAAAUUAAAUCCAGCAUCAGCUGAAAUAAUGCUACUUAGAAAGCAGUUGGCAGAGAAAGAGAGAAGAAUUGAGAUUCUGGAGAGUGAAUGUAAAGUAGCAAAAUUCCGUGAUUAUGAAGAAAAACUCAUUGUUUCUGCCUGGUAUAAUAAGAGUCUAGCAUUCCAGAAAUUGGGGAUGGAAUCUAGACUUGUGAGCAGCAGUGGUGCUUGCAAAGACACGGGGGCCUGUGCUCCCGCCCGGUCUUUUCUAGCACAGCAGCGGCACAUCACCAGCACCAGAAGAAAUCUCUCUGUUAAAGUUCCUGCUGCGACAGCUGAUUAAACUGCAAAAGAACACAUAAACAGAAGUGCCCUUAAAAUAUUUUGUAUCUGUCAACUAACUGCAAGGUUGAAAAGAAGUGUAUGUUUCUGGAUAGCAGCUUUUUAAAAAUCAAAUGUAUGCAAUUAAUCUUGCCAGAUUAAUAUGGAAACAGAAUUUGGAAGUAGCUAUCUGGGGGAGUACGUGUGAAUAAUUGGAAGAUAUAAUAAGGUAAACAUCUCAAACAUUUGUCUUUGGAGAGUAUUAUAUUAUUUCAAAUUGACUUUGUAUAUUUUAAUAUUCUCAGUUUUGCAGUAACUAAUUUGCAAUGUGUUAUCAGUUAUAUGCAAUUUAAAACUACUGUUCUGGUCCGUAUAAAAAUAGUGGACAGGUAGGCACAUGGAGAACUAUACAAGAGUUAUAUUUUUUGACAAAAAUACACAGAUAUUACCUCUGACCCCUUUCUGUCAUUGAAUGGGUAUAUUUUUAUCAUGUAGUGGAAAAUAACAUUUGGAAGAUUUGACUGUAUUGAAAUGACUUCUCCAUAGUAGAAGUGACUAUUUGGAAAUGUUGCAGAUUUAGACAAGGUCAUAGUUCUCAUAUGUACCUACUAUAAACAAAGGCUUCUGUAUAGCAUGGUUGAAAUGUUAAGGGUAUGGACUUUGGACUUUAAGAGAUGACUUUCUGAUGGGAGGCAAGCUGAAAAAUAUACUUUGUGUGACAUGCCCACACUAUUUUAAUAUAAUUAAGAUUAUAAUUUUUAUUGCUUUUAAGCAUAAAAUUAUUUUUGUUUUUAAGCAAUUAGAGGGCUUCUACUAAAAAAAAAAAAAAGAUGAGUUAGUAGUUUACCUCUUCACUGAAAAGAGAGUAUACAGUGAAGGGUCAAUUUGGAAUAAGUUUUACCUUGUUUACUAAUUAAGAAACCUGUCUUGGGCUGAGUUUAUCGUAUUUAGUUCUUUUCUGCCCAAAGCUCUUUUUCUCAAAGAUGUUACUCCAUUAUUUUUAGUCAUUUUUAAGAGUCACACUUUGGAAUUUUAAUUGGAGUAAAAUCUGUGCUGUCCAAUAAUGUAACCAAAAGCCACAUGUGGCAAAUUGAUUAAAAUUAAAAAUUCAGGUCCUUGGUUGCACUAGACACAUUUCAAGUGCUCAAUAGCCACAUGUGGCUAGUGGCUACAGUACUGGACAGUGCAGAUAUAAAAUGCAAAAACCUCCAUUGGACAGUACAGUACUAAAUCUUUUUAUAAAAGUCUGGAAAUACUCAAUGUUAGAAGAAAAAUGAAAAAAAAAAAGAAAAAUGUUAGGACGAUAUCAAAUAUGAAAAGGAAUUGAAUUGUGAUGUAAGCAGCAUCUUACAUUCCUUUUAGUUGAAUACCUUGUGUUGUGACAUUCACAGUUAAUUUUACCAGAACUGUUCAACAGUUACAAUACCGAUCAGCACAUGUCUAGACCAGGGGUCAGCGAACUUUCCAUAAAGGGACAGAUGGUCGAUAUUUCAGUAAAUGUUUUAGACUUUGUGGGCCAUAUGAUCUUUUGCAAAUACUCAUCUCAGCUGAAAGUAUAAAAGCAGCAGCCAUACACAAUAUGUAAAUAAAAUAGGUGUGGUUGUAUUUCAGUAGAACUUUGCAGAAACUGGCCAGAGUAGGCCAGACUUGGUAGGCUUAUAGACCUCUGGUAAAGAUUUUAUUCUUAGCCUCUUAGCCUUUUUUUUUUUUUUUUAAUUACUAGUAUUGUUCCAUUUACGGUAUUAUUCAGAUACUUGGUUUUUAGAUUCGAUACCAGUAAAUGUUUCUAAUCAGUGAAAAUAUAAGAAUUUCAUACUCUAUUUGGGUCUCUGAGAUUAGGGAGCAUCUGCCAGGAUAUUUUGUUUUAUCAGGGUUACUUCUUUUUACUACCUCUUAGAUUUUGGUGUUCUUUACUGGUGCAAUUAUGUUGUUGGGUUGCAUUUUCCUAUAUUUUUACAGUCUCUGCUUGCCUGUGACUUUUAGUGAGAUGAAAUAUGUCUUUGAAACUAUUUUAGCAUGCUAAUUAAAAUUUUCCAGUUAUUAUGGCAUUUUGGUAUAUUUUGGUCAAUGUAAAACAUCUGCUCCUUUAGUGUUUACUACUUGCUUGUAAUUGAGAUUUCAGAAGCUCUUCAGGCUCCCUUUUAAUGAAAUCUGUUGUAAAAUAUCAACUUCAAUAAAUUAGAAUUUUCACAGUUCAA